AUGAGAAAAAUGGAAGAUCUAAAUGAAGCAGUUUUUAAGUAAACUCUACACAGAGCUACACUAGAAAGUAUCCACAGCAUUUUGGCACCUGAUAGUCUUUUGGUGUCCUAUAAAAAGCCUAUUCCUGAAGACCAAAAAGAAGCUGCAAUUUCACUCGCAAAGUCUCUCCUUCCAGGAGAUAUUAUAAUGGUAAUCGCUAUUCAGACACAAACACCUGGAAGAGCUUACACAUCUUUAAGGACAAUGGCAUAUUCUUAUUUUGACCACGUUGCAGUACUAGUUGACAGUGAGACCUGCUUACAAGUUGGACCACCCAGGGUGAGACUGAUCCCUUCCUACCACUUUUUAUUGUUUUCAAGAAAACCUUUUGUAUUGAGGGUUAAAGAUAACAUAAGAGCUCAAUUUUUAGAAAAUAUCAGAAGUCUAAAUAACCAGAAAUACGAAAGCACAAAAGCUCUUACGACUUGGCUAUAUUUAGUUUUAUAUGAAAGAUUUAGAAUCACUCUAAAAGUCCCAUCAGAAGACAGAAGAAUUUGUACUGAUAGCAUUUUGAGUGCUUUGCCAAACAUUCAAGAAAUCAGAGAAAAGUAUUCAGACUGCUUAGAUUUUGGGAAAAUUGGAUCCCAUUCUUUAAAUGACUUUUUAGUUUUGGAACAAAAAGGAGUUUUGGAUGUCGUCAAGCUUCCGUUUCCUUUUAACCUUUCGGAUUCCUCGAUAAAGAAAGAUUCUUACGCUGCUGUUGCUCGUAAGAUGGCAAAAAAACAAGGAAUUGAGCACACAGUUUUGAAUAUUAGAGAUGCUGCGUCAGUAGCAAAAUUCGCUUGGUCACUUAAAAAGACAAAGUAUAGAAGAGUGUAUGGAUUAUUAUGCGCUAUAGCACUAUAUAUGAGGAAGAUGGAAGUUCCUGGAAAUGAACUUUUUCAGAUUCUCUCUUUGGUAUGGCCUAAGCUUUAG